AAGCAACUCAAAGAAAUGCACAAAGCCAUCUUGAUAUCCUGCUUAAUUCUUCAACUGACUGCACUGUUUACCAAUGCUCAGGACACUGAUGAAUUGAAAAAGAUUUUCGAAUUUCACAAUAAAGUAAGACGUUCUGCUCUGAAUGGUGAAAUACCGAAUCAACCUAAAGCAAAGCAGAUGCCUGAGUUGAAAUGGAGUGUAAAUUUGGCUGAUAUAGCUCAAGAACACGUUGAUAAAUGUGUGCUGGAAAAAAGCAAACUUGAAGAGAUAUUCAUUGAAAAUUAUGACAAAGUGGGUCAAGCUGUAGCAGAACAUGAAUCAAUUCAAAAAAUACUAGAUACCUGGUAUGAUGAGCACAAAGGAUACAAGUUUGAUGAAAAUAAAUGUUCUUCAGAAUGUGGCGCUUACAAGCAGAUCGUCUGGGCUGCCACGAAGGAAAUUGGCUGUGGUUACAAACUAUGCGGAAAGAAACACAUAGUUGUGUGCAACUAUGGACCAGGAGCCGAUGAAGGAAAACCUUAUGAAAAGGCAUAACAACGUAGUGAAUGAGUCGAAUAUUAGAGUCAAAUCACAGUUGAAAGUAGCCAUGUAAUACAACACUCGUGAACCAAAUAUCAGAACCUAUAGAUUUUAUAUGUCGUUUUUCCAUCUCACUGAACUCACUAUGUACUGUCAUUAAACAAUACAG